ACUCAUUCUUCUCUAUGACGCUUCCACAUUCCACAAACCCUAAAAACCAACGUUGUUCAUCAUGUUAUUUGGUUCAGUAAUCCUUCAUCAAAAUCUCAAACAUGCUUCUUCCGUUUCUCUACAUCCACCGCCUCUCACUCUGCUUCCCCUUAACGCCACCACUCCGAUCAACUUCCGGCGAUCAAUCUUUCACCGUUGUUAUUUGUUCAUGCCAUAAUGCCUGCAUCGUUAGAGAUCACAGCAGCAGAGUUCUUACAAGGUUCAAAAAGUUGUAAACUUUACUUGCCUAAACCCUUACUAAAGAGUAGAAAUUCCCAUUUGCUGUUCGGUUCGACUCACCGUAAAAGAAACAGUUCUGUGAGAGUAUGCAGUCAAGGUGUUCGACGAAAUGCGUCUGACAAAAUCCGGGCUGUGGUGUCGGUGGACUCGCAACAGUUAGGUAGUGUGGAUGAUUUCGAAGCCGAAAAAGUGAUUCAUUUUUUUAGAACUCCGUUGAUUCAAGAUAGGGCGAUGGAUGAGUUGCUCAAGUCGGUUCAAACAAAGAUAUCGGAUAAGAUUGUCGGGUUGAAAACCGAACAGUUUAUAGGAAGUAAGUUUGUUAAGCUGUUUUAA